GGGCAAACAAAUCAAAAAACACAAAACCAAAGCCCCACCCACCUGCCCAUUUCGACUCGACCCGGCUCGCCUGCUGCCUGCUUUUGUGUCAUCUCCCUCCCUCUCCCACCUCUGCCUCCCUCCGCGAGAUCUGACGACUCCAUCUCCAAUGGCGCCCUCCUCCUGCUAAACCUAGUCCCACCCACGCCCUUCCCAAAUACCCGGGAAAGGCAGCUCCGCUGCGGCGGCCAUGGCGACGGAUCGGGAGAAGGAGCGUGAGGCGGAGCUGGAGAGCGCCAUGUACACCAACUGCCUCCUCCUCGGUCUCGAUCCCACCGUCCUCGGCUCCCCUUCCUCCCCCGCCGCCCGUGUCGGCCUCUUCCGCCACUCCAACCCCCGUCUCGGCGAGCAGCUUCUGUACUUCCUCCUCUCCUCCCUCCGCGGCCCCGCCCAGUCCGCCAAGGACUUUGACAAGGUGUGGCCAAUCUUCGACUCCGCGCAGUCCAGGGAGUUCCGUAAGAUUGUGCAAGGGAUCAUCAGCGAGCUCGAGCAGCAGGGUGCGCUUCCGCGUAGCAACUCCAGGGUCUCUUCCCUCGCCACAUGCUGCGGCCCGAGAUUUAUUGAGCUUUUGUGGCAACUCUCUGUACAUGCCUUGAGGGAAGUCCACAGAAGAACAUUUGCAGCUGACGUUGCAUCAAAUCCACUGCCUGCAGCACUAACAGAUAUUUCUUAUCUUCAUGCUGCUUCCUUACUCCCAGUGACCAAGGCAAGGAUAGCUCUCGAGAGGCGUAAAUUUUUAAAAAAUGCAAACAUAGCUGUUCAAAGGCAAACGACCUGGUCAAAUUUAGCCCAUGAAAUGACAACCGAGUUCCGAAGUCUAUGUGCUGAAGAGGCCUAUUUACAACAAGAGUUAGAGAAGCUACAAGAUAUGAGAAACAAAGCCAAGCUUGACGGGGAACUGUGGGAUGAACGGCUCUCAAGCUCGUCUGGGCAGAACUCUCAUUUGGUUUCUAAAGCAACUCGUUUAUGGGAAUCAAUAUUGGCCCGCAAAGGCCAACAUGAGGUUUUAGCAUCCGGACCAAUUGAGGAUCUUAUAGCACAUCGUGAGCAUAGGUACCGUAUAUCUGGAUCACAGUUGCUAGCAGCCAUGGACUUGAGUUUGAGUGUUCCACAUUCUGAGUUACUAUCAGCUCGAGCUGGUGAAACAUCUCCAAUUUUGGACAAACAGGAGCAGAUUUCUCCUCUAUUCCAAGGAAAGGAAGAAGCCCUUUCAAGGUUAGAUGAUAGGAAUGGACACGCUCAACAAACUGUUGAUGUAGCUGAAAUUCUUCGCCGUUGGACUCAUGCUUUACAGCGUAUUCAUAAACAAUCUCUUCAUUUGGCCAAAGCAAAUGAUGGAGAGGGGCCAGAAUUACUGAGGAGUGCGUCUGACAGUGAAACUAGUACUCAUGCUGACUCGUUAACUGCAACACUGGCUGAACAUCGCCAGCAUUUAGUCAGUAUACAGGGCCUAAUUAAUCAACUCAAGGAAGCUAUUCCAGCAAUGCAGCAGUCCAUAACAGAACUUUCAGAGGAGGUGAACAACAUAUCUAGUAACCCAAUGGGUCAAUUAAACUCUAGACUGUCGCUGUCUGUACAAAGUGCAGGGCUCGGAAGACCAGAAGAAAGCAGCAGUGAAGUUUCAGAGAUGACUUCAAAGCUCUCUUCUACAAACCUCGAAAAGCCUGGGAGCAGUCCUGCUUUAAAGCUACCGCCAUUAUUUAGUCUGACUCCAAGUUCUUCUGGAAAAGGAACACAGACACAAAGACGGAAUGUGCUAGCCCGUCAACCUAGCCAAGAAGUCACAUCUGAAGGGAACAUACUUGCAGUCUCCUCAGCCAAAGACCAAACAAAUGGUUCAGUGCAUGAAAAUGAUGGCUAUUUUGCUCAUGGCAUUAGACGUUCUGUUCGUGAAGCUGCUCUGUCAAAGCCAUUGAGGAAUACAGAGAGGCCACAAGAUAAAAAUAGUGAUGAUGGUUCAGAGCACUUCUUCAUUCCACUGUCAACAGGUGCUUCAAGAAAGGAGAUGGAUGCUGUGGCAAAUCGGCGAAAACAAAGUUUAUCAUCGCCUCAGAUGAAGUUCCCUACGAGCACAAGUGAUCUUUACUACAAUACUGACAGGCCAAUAAACACACGUCCAGUUCUGUUAAGUGAAUUGAAUGGACAUGAUCCUAGCAGUGGCCUGAAUUUUCUUGACCCAGUCAGUGGUCUGGCGCAUCAGUCAUUUAUCACUGAUGAUGCUCUUGAUCAAGUAUUCUCCCCGCCUCUGUUGUUGGAGUCUUCUUUGUUCCAUGAUACAGAUGAGGACUUGCUUGCGCCACUGUCAGAAACUGAUGCAGCUUUAAUGGAACAUUAGGCUUCACAUGUACACUAUGUAAUAUUUGGACACUGAUGAAGCUUUCAGCGCCUGACCACAGCCCGGAUGAUCUUGUGGCUUAUGCUUGUCUUAUUGCCGGAAUAUUUGCGGUGAACUUCUUGCUAGUCGAGUUGCUUGCAAGUUGCCACCAGCUUGUCAGAGGGAUGCUUCUGCAUCAGAAGUUGGGCUAUUCUGUUUUUUUUUGGGGGGGGGGGGGGGGGGUUGGUAUUUGAUUUGGGUAGAGAAAGGGCUGCUUAGAGAUGAUAUUAGAUAUAUGUGAUGUGCCAACUGUAGUGUGUACAGUAAAAAUCCAAGUCGUGUGUAUUUAGUAUACAUCAUCUGUAUUUUGUGUUGUAAUAAUUCUAUCCACUUAUUCAA